GCGGGCCGCGGGCUGGCCGGGCAGUGCGGGCGCGAACUAGAGGAAAUAGCGCCGGCGGCUGCGUCCUCUGCGUCCCGGGCCCGUCUCCGCCUCCGCCUCCGUGUCCGCCGCUUCCGUGCCCGCCGCGUCCCCGCCGCCCCUUCCGGGCUCCCGCGGCUGGAGGGUGGGUGAGUAGCGUCCCGGCCCGGCCUCGUGCGUCCCGGCCCGGCGUCAAGCCCUGCGCCCUCUGGGUCCGCGCGGAGCUGCUGCUGACUUGGGACACCUGCAAGCCAGAGGGAGUGGAAACGCCCCAAGGCUGCCUGUGCCAUGGAUUCUAAGGUCAGCAAUGGUUCAGGCCUCCAGGAUGAGCACAUCACACACUUGCUGGUCUUUAGCUUCCUCCAGAACUGCUCCAAAUGUCAUUUCUACAAAGAGCUGGAGGUGUUGGGCCAUGAACUGCCCGUGCAAGCUUACCUGUGGGAGGACCAUGACGAGCUGCAGACAGAUGGCAACCGGUGCAGCCACUUCGUGGCAAGAGCGGAGGCAGAUUCUGAGAGUCAAGAGGAAAUAAUCCAGCAUAUCGCCAGGCAACUUGCCCAAAUAGGGGACAGGAUGGACGACAGCAUCCACCCAAGGCUGGUGAAUAACCUGGCAAUGCAGUUUAUGAAUGUGAACCUGUCGGAGGAAGACAGAAGACAGUGCCUUACUUCUGCGCUGGAGCAGGUCAUGCAGACUUAUCCUAAAGACAUGGAGAAGGAGAAGACCAUGCUGAUGUUGUCCAUGCUGUUGGCCAAAAAGGUGGCCAAUCACACACCGUCUUUGCUCCGUGACGUCUUUCGCACAACAGUGAACUUUAUUAACCAGAACCUACUCACCUAUGUGAGGAACUUAGUCAGAAAUGAGAUGGAUUGAAUGGAUGCAAAAGCGUAACUGGUUAAAACCUCAUAUGGUGACAGCAGUAUAGCUGCCUUCAACAGAGACGGAGCCAUUGCCAUUUAAACAAGGUUCUUAGACAAGAUAGGCACGAGAUAAUAGCUAUUUAUUUCUAUUUUAAAGAUGAUUUCUAAGCUGGUGACCCAUUUAGGAAUCUCUAUAUUAAUAUAAUGAAAACGUCAACUUGCACAUAUUUGAAUGAGUUUUCAUACCAUCUUCUAAAUCUGUCUACACACUGUGCCUUUAUCUUCGGCCGUAUAGGUCCCCACAUGAAAAUUAAAUUUAAAAGCAGAUUGUAAGGCAGAAGAAAAAAACCACAAUGUUUUUUUGUUAAAAAAAAAAUAAGGGGCCAGCCCAGUGGUGCAGCAGAGU